UGCGUCAGUGUCGUGACGUGCGCGUGACAGAAGAAGCGCUGAGUACGGAAGCGACACAUGUUGUCGAGAUCGCGCUCGCGUCGGUCCGUUUGAGUUCGAGUGAACGUGAAGAUGACGAUGGACCCGCUCGAGGCUCUUCUGGAUGAAGUCGCUCUGGAGGGUUUGGACGGCAUCAGUCUUCAGACACUCUGGAUGAGGCUUCAGACGCGACAGCCUGAAUUCGGUUUGAAUCUGGAUUCGGCCACACAGAACUUCAUCUGGAGCUGCUUGAGCCGAACACCUGAGAUCCGAUUCUGGCUGUUACCCGAACCCCGGAAACACGUCACAGUAUACGACCGGUUCGUGGAGGUGGACCGGAACACAGGCAUUCACGAGAUGCGUGAGCCCGAGGCGGAGGAUCCGUAUCCCAUCAGCGUGGUGACCGAUGACCCGAGCGGCGUUCAGGGUUCAUGUGUGUUCUACAGAGAACGCGUGGACGUCACGGAUGAGGUCAGAACGUCUGAUCUCAGAACGCUGGUGACGCUGGAACAGGCUCAGAAUCAGUGGGCUGAGAAGCUGGUGAUGGUGGCGUCACAGGAAGUGCGCUCCAGAGCUCUGAUUGGAACGGAGGGAAACUCCGAGCUGAAGCUGAGCGACCCGACCUACUGCAUCCUGGAGAGAUUGGCUCGAGCGCGCUGGCAGGGUGAACUCCAGCGAGAAAUGCACACGCGAAUAUUCAGAAUGGAUGCGGGUAAGAUGCAUUAUCUGAGGAGGACGCUGGACAGAAACCAUCUGAUCACCAUACAGUCACACGUGGCUCGUCUGCCGUCUGGAGCUCAACAACAUUCGCUGCUGCUGCUGCUGCCACGCUUCCACGUGGACAGGAGGAGUAAAUAUGACAUUCUGAUGGAGUCCGUGUCCAACAUCCUCUCUGAAGUGCCCAAUAAGAUGAUGAUCAUGGUGAAACUCAGACAACAGCUGCGUGUCAGCGAGCGCACCUUCAAGCGUGUGUAUCAGUACAUGUUAGCCGCUAAGAUGGUGAGCCUGUUGAGGAUUCCUCUGAAGGAGCUGGACCCUGCCGGAGGACCCUUCAAAACCAUACGAGGCACGGAGGUGUACGUUCGCUGUCUGAAGCUUCUGAAGGCGUACGGACAGAAGGACGUGGAGGAGGACGAGGACGAUGAGAACAACGAGGAAGACGGCGACGGGCCCGUGAGGAGGAACGUUCUGGCGGUGCCUCGCGUCAUCGAGCGUGACAUGCUCUCUCAAGCCUACGACAUCGUGGUGUCGAGCGGCUCCAAAGGGAUCUCGCAGUCCGUCCUGAGAGGACAACUCAACAUCGGACGACUGGAGGGACGGAUGGUCUGCAGAUCACUGGAGCGAAACGACAUGAUCAAAGGCUUCAUGGAGGACGUGGGACGUCAGAGGACCACCAAAUACAUCAGCAAACACUUCGUGGAGGAGAGUAAACUCAACCUGCAGUUCACUAAAGAGCUUCAGCGCAGUCAGGACCUGAGGGGGUCAGAUCCACCCGCCCCGGGCGCUUCAGGAGGACACAAACCGCAGACCACAACGCAGCUCAAACAGUCCAAACUCAGCUUUCAAAAGCGUGACACACCCAUCAAAAAGAAGUCUCUCCGUUCACCUCAAGCGCGCACAGGCAAAUCCUCACAGAAGAGCGAAACUGAACGGCACGGAGAUGAUGUCCCCACUGACCACACCCCCAUCCCGACUGUCAGCCAAUCACGCUCUGCUGAGGACACACCUCUGGUGGUGGAGGAGGUGCUGGCGGUCAGUGAGGUGAAGAAGGUGGAAGUUCAUGAGACGUACAGACUGCUGAAACGCAAGAACAUGAUCAUUGAAGCUGUGAGAUGCAGCAAGAUCAUCGAGGGCUUCUACUCUCUGCAGAGGUUACUGACGGAGGAAGAGAGGAAGGAUGGUGUGAAUACUAAAGUGUGUAAGAAGAGUGUGAUGAGACUCAUCCGCGCGCUCUCUCGAGAGGGUUUACUCAAACUCUACAGGACUAUCGUCAUACAGGACGGAAUACACAAGAAGGUUGAGUUUGUCGUUCAUCCGUCUGUGACACCUGAUGAUCCGCUGGUUAAGAGCGCCAUCGAUCAAAUCCGCAUGCGUAUGUCCAGUUCUGUCUCUGCAGCCCGUGUUGUGUCACAAGCUGAAAAGAAGAAGUCUAGUCCACAAGCGAGAAAAGAGAAUAAAACAGCAGCGUCUUCACGGCCGAGCAACGCGCCCAAGAAAGUGAACGAGAAGAUGGGCGUCAAAACCCUGAAAUCCUUCAAACCUGUUACUGUGCCUGGACAUGGACGCACGAUGGGAUUUCAGCCCAAGAUGCCUCGUUUACGUAUUGUUCACGCUUUCCUGUGGUACAUGAUUUACGGACAUCCACUCAGACGCUCCAGCCCGACUGAUCCUCCAGCCGACAACCGAUCUGACCCAACUAAACCUGCACAUGACACUCAGCCCAGCCCGAGUGAUGCUCCGCCCGACAACCAGAACAGCCCCACUGACCCUGAAGCUGGCCCUCAGUCCAGUCUGACUAAUGCUCCGCCCACUGAUGAGCAGAUGGAGGUCGAAUCGGACAAGCACCAGUUUAAGGUGUAUGUGAAUGAGAAUAACUGGAAGAGGUUUAUCCCCCCCAUCCCGCUACACAAGGACUUUGGUUAUGGAUGGGCUCUGGUCUCUGAUCUUCUCAUAUCACUGCCACUCAGUAUCUUCAUGCAGAUCUUUCAAAUCAACUACAAGGUUGAAGGUUUAGAGCAGUAAUGUUGUGACUUGGAGCAGCAUAUCUCAUCAACAUUUCUCACCUGCGAGACGUAAAAGCAACUGCUACACAAGAGAAAGUACAUCUUCAGUUUUCAUGAGAGUCUUCAGAGGUUGUGUUUUAUGGGUCUGCUGCAGUUUGGACCCAUUGAGAAGUUCAUGGACAAAGAUCAGGUGUUUGUGUUUCUGAAGACGAAGGCCACGAUCGUGGACACGACGGUGUGUGAUCCUCAUUAUAAUAUGGCCAUUGAGACGAUUCGUCCGUUUGAGAGGAGACAUUAUGUGUUUAAGACGCCUCACGAUGUGGAGAAGUACUGGUUCGACCUGCUGUGUGUGUGUCUCAACACACCUCUGGGGGUAACACGUGGGCGCUCUCAUGAGCGUUCGGGUGAGGCCGAGGAGUCUGAUGUUGUCAUGGGAAUAGAACGCUGCCCCAGAUUCCUGCAGUCCAUACAGGGCACUUGUACUUUAGUGGAUGAUGGUGUUACCCCCGGCAACGGGCAGGGCGCUGGAGGACUGGACUCCAUCUUGUUCAGUCACCUGAAACGCAACUGGACCUGGACGAGCCACCUGGUGAAAACACUCGCACAGAACACUGAUGUUAAAGAUCGUCAAACCGUCCGGCUGAGAAACCUGCUGUCCAAACACCCCCCGCCCAAACCUGCUACACAAACACACGUGAUGCAGACUGAUGGGAUGGUGCCGGCCCCUGCUGUCGUGGAGGAGGAGGUGCGUGUGAGCCGGCAGCCGGCCAGCAGGAAUGAGGAGGUGCGUGGAGGACGAAAACUCAAACGCAAGAGACCCAAGAAAGACAUCAGCAAACCCACCCGCAAGAAGAAGAAGGGGGCUCGUGCGAGGAAACAGUAUCACGCUCAGGACGAGACGGAUCGCAGAGCUUUACUGCACAUGACUAAACAAAGAGUCACAUGGACACAUGAAGAGGACAGUCUACUCAUGUUGUGUAGAGUUACCAGCCACUUCCUCAACCGCAAGUUGAAGAAGCCGUUUGUUCCGUGGACGGUGCUUCGCGAUGUUCUUCAUGCUGAGUUUGAGUUAUCCUGUGAUAAAACAUCUCUGUCUGUCAGUCGACGCUCACGAUACAUCAUGAAAAACCCCCAGACUACACUCAACUACAGGAUUUGUUUGGCUGAACUGUAUCAGGAUAAAGAGUUGCUGGCCAAAUUCAUGAACAGAACCGAAGAUUACAACAAUCCACAGGUGUGUGCAGCGGAGUAUAAAGAGUUUGUGAGUGCGCUGAGGUCAAAGUUCAGCUCCAGUUACGGCUCUAAUGAUGUCAUCAUACCAGAUACCAGAGAGGAACUCUUCAACAAGUUUAAGGUGUACAGGAUUGGAGAUGAUACACUGGAGCGCUCCAAAGAUGUUCUCAACAGGCAGGAAGACAUUCAUGUUCUAGUGUUGUUUAAUUUAAUUCAGAGCACUCUGGUUCUGACAAAUGCUCAGAUGAAGAACUACAGACCCUUCCAGACAUUCUGUCUGUACACGCAGUAUAAAGAGCAGGUUUUGUCUCAGGCCUUUCAAACGUGUCGGAGGCGGGGUUUAGUAAACCGGCGACGCCCCAUGACCUUAUAUGGCAUAAAGAAGUGCCAAGCCCUCCCCUUCCUGCCCAUGUCCUAUCAGCUCUCACAGCAUUACUACAGAUUCUUCACAUGGCGAAUCCCCAGCAGCAUCUUUAAUGAAGCGUAUGAUCUCAUCUCCACCUUACGUGAGAGAGGCGCAAGAGACAGAGACAACCGCUUCUCCUUCCAGAAAGAUCCUGAGAAACAAAGAGACGCCAGCCGACAGCAGGAGAGGAUUGAGGUGGAGGAGGUGCAGGCAGAAGAAGACACUCAGGACAUGCUGCAGAUCCUCAUGGACGCUCCGGGCGGUGUGAGCGCCUGCUGUCUCACUCUCAUGACUCUCGGCCUGCUGUCUGUAGACGUCACCAUACCACAACAGAUUGUCAUCAUCAACAGCAGCAUGUUCGACAACGACCUGCUCAAGAGUCUGAGCAAAGCACUGGAGGAGGAGGAGGAGGAUGAAGAGGAGAAGAAGGUCAAACCUCCUCAAGCGUCUCACACCAAUUACCUGCUGAUGAGAGGAUAUUACACACCUGCACUCAUGCGUUCACAAACACACAACUCCAACACCACCGACAACAUCAUCAUCAACACCUGUAGUGUCCACGUCAAGCUCCGAGAGACCCCCAAACACACACACUUCACACCAGAAGCGGCAUCUUUCUCAGCGUUUUCUUCAUCCACUCCUCAGUGUUUCCCGGUGUCUUUCACUCGUGUGUACGGCUCAACAACACUAGACCUGCAGAUGUUCGUGGACAGGUGUGUGAGUGCGUUAGGAUACACACCAGAAGACAUCCAGACCGUCAGUAACAUCAGAGACGCUGUACAGGAGGAGGCGGAGUUUGGCAUUGACAGACAGGACCUCUGUAUGAGCUUCAUACAUCUGGAAGAGCCUGAGAACGGCCGAACGAGAGCACUACAGCAAUAUAUACAGGAUCUGGUGGACGGAGAGCAGCUCGUCGAGGUGGGCGCUCUCUCUCACAGGCUGGUGUGUAUGAACGCUGCGUCUCAUUGGCUGCUGGACAGCAAAGAAGAUGAUGAUGAGCAGACACAACAGGUGUCCCUGAAGAGAGGCCCCGCCCACGAGCCCACCCAUGCCACACCCCCAGCCAAGAAGAGGCGGGCCACAGAAUCUCAUUUCCAGGCAGAUCCAGCCUCCACGAGCGCAGCUGUCGAUCAAACCGUUGCCAAGGAGAACACGGCAGAUGAGAAAGAGGCGGGGCUUGUUGACCCCUCCCACGGCAGAAAUGGAGAUGGAGAUGAUGAAACUGCGGAGCAGGAGAAAGACAGCGGUGAUGGUGGUGGCGAGUCGGUGAGGUUCGUCGGUCGUCCGUGGCGUGUGGUUGACGGCUCAUUGAACGGUCCGGUGUGUAAGGGAAUGUUGGAGUGUCUUCUUCUUCACAUCAUAAGUAAUCCAGGCAUCCGCGAGCCGUCUAUACUUCAGCAUUACAGUCAAGUGCUGCAGCCCGUCGCCAUCCUCGAUCUCCUGCAGGUUCUGGUUGAUCUGGGCUGCGUACGGAAGCGUUACACCGUUCACCAGCACAAAGCAUCUCUCUUCUCCAGACCCAGAAUGGCGCAGGUCAAAGGUCAGACGGAGGUCAGCAUGAGAGACGAAGCCAUGGCGUUUUAUGAGCCCACGGUGGACUGCACGCUGAGACUGGCUCGAGUUUUUCCACAUCAGCCCAACUGGAACAAAUGGGUUCAGCUGUGUCUGCGCGUCUGACCGGGAGAUACCGGCCUUUCUUUUGGAUGUUUUAAAGUGUUCUGCUUGUGUUGUGUAAAAUAAAGAGAUCAUUUCUUCA